CUCGCGGACGUUACUGGUAACAUACUUUAGAUCGCUUAUACGACUCGCACAUCAACAGCGAUCAACUGUUUAAAUCCUUUAGAUUUGCAAAGCCAGCUGGGUGACAAUUAAUUGAAACCAUGAAAUAAUUGUUAUGAAAAUUUAAUAUUUGAAUAUUGAAUUUUAAAAGCUACAACGGGAUUCUUCUCGCGCCAGGUCAAUUUUGUAAAGUCCGCCAAAAGAUCGCCAGUAAAUUAGUAAUAUUUUAAUUGUCAAGAGCAAAGUGAUUUCAAGAGCGCGCUAUAUAUGUGCAGGGAUAUGUUUCCUGCUUCGUCAUGAGUUUACCAAAACAGUUCAAAUCAGUCCGGUGUUGGAUGUCAAAAAGAUCAGCCAAGUCGAUGACAGAUAUAGGAUAUAGUAUUACUCUUGACUCGAAUUUGAGAGCCUAUCGCGAUUAUGAUACCCGAAGUAUAAAUCGAAAUAGACUCGAAGUUAUUCGAGGGAGUUGUGAAUCAAUUUCCAAAGACGGCAUGUCCGACACAGAAGACUCUGAUGUGAUGGAAAAGCAGUUCAAUUUCACCAAAGGCAUACAGGAAUUAAGAAACUUUAAAGACAACAACAGUAUACUAGAACACCGCAUUAAUGAUGGACUGCGAACACAAUGUGAGGUUUUGUGGAUUCAUCGUGUUACAGAUAAACAAAGCAUAGACAUACAGUGUACCGAAAAUCGACUAUCUCACGAGAAAUACGCUGCAAUUCAGGUAUACGAGGGGUAUUUCUACGGUUGCAAACACUGGAAUUUUUACUGCGUCGAUGAUGAUGUAGGCGCUGUUAUUUUGAGUUUAAAGGUGGAAUUUUUACAUGGAAAGGAAUACAUAAGAAUUUUAGUUAGAAGUUCAAUACGCAGUGUUCAUGUCGUGAUUUUGCCAUCUCUAUUGGGAGUAUAUGAACAUUUCACUGAUCCAUUUAGUUGGAUUGAAAUAUUUACGCAACUCUUAAAACUUACGAGGCCCCUACAAGUUGUAAACCAUCACACUGCUGGUUUGAAACUGGUUAAACUGGAUAGGGUCUUUGUCAAAUCUGAUUUUAAGAUUGGAGUGCUGUAUAUAAAACAUGGACAACAAACUGAAGACGAAAUAUUUUCCAACAUUUCACAUUCCACUGCCUUUGAAUCAUUCUUACAUCUAUUGGGAGAGCGUGUUGAUUUGCAAGAUUUUGAAGGUUAUUCUGGGGGUCUCGAUACGUCUAACAGCCUUAAUGGAACACAGUCAAUUUACACGGAAUAUCGAAGCAAUAGAAUUAUGUUUCAUGUGUCAUCACUGAUGCCAAAUACAGGAGAAGAUAAUAAAUAUUUGGGAAAGAAACGACACGUUGGUAAUGACGUUCUCUGUGUGGUAUUUACUGACCGAAUUGAAACUUCGUUUUCUCCCCACUGGAUCAAAUCUCAGUUUCUUCACGCUUACAUAUUGGUUCAAGUAUUGCCUGCUUCUACAGACAAUCAUUCAAAGUUUCAGGUUUCGGUGAUUUGUAGACAGGAAGUGCCAUGGUUUGGCCCACGAUUGUCCCACGACGGAACAUUUGAUGAAGGAGAUGUAUUUCGAGAAUGGCUUCUGGAGAAGAUUAUCAAUGGUGAUAGAGCAUGUUAUGAGGCCCCAAAGUUUGCUUCAGUACAGCAAAGAACAAGAUCUCAAAUCAUGAAUGGUAUACUGGACAACGAGGUUAUAGAUGUUGAAGGAAGAGUGGAUUAUUCCACACCUUUAACACCAUCUGCAAGUAGCAGCCUAGAAAGUUUAGAGAGAUUAUUUCCUGAUGAUCCAGCCUAUCACCUUGAUGAUAACAGUCCAAAACUAAAGUACUUCUACUGCUCUCAAGGUGAAGGGAUUAACUCUGGUGAUGUGGCCUUCCUAGCAGGAAAGACGUACAAAAAACGCAUAUAUGGCACGAGAUCUGUUAUGUGCCGCAAAAGCAGAGUAUUUCGAGAUAUGCUAACAGAUUGGGCUGUUCCUGGAAACUACAUUUCAACUGAUCACACACAACUAAAAGAAGACUCACUGGUUAAACUUGCCUUCAAGAAAGCCAGAGCUCAGGCCAUGAUGCAAAAUAAUUCAAAGAAAGGAAAAUUUGCGAUAGAAACAUCAUUGCCCUCAUUAUCGAACAUUAAUCAAUACGUAACUACAACCUCAAUCAAAAAGGCAGGACAAACGUAUGGAAUAUCUCUGGACUGUAUUGGAAGAACUAGAGAGUUUGUGAUGAAUGAGUUUGAGUCUGAGAUUUUCGCUGGUGUUAUUGAGUAUAUACAUAAUGACAAAUGUUCUAUAACAUAUGAAACAUUACCCGGUCUACUCUGUGCUGCAACAUAUUACGAGUUACCUGAUCUCAGGUUGAGCUGUUUAAAUCGAAGAGACGAUGUGAUAGAAGUAUCGACGGUGUGUCGUAUGUUAAAUAUUGUUGAGGAGUAUAUACUUUUCAAGGACGGCCGAGAACUCCAAGAAAGGUUACUACAAUAUUUUGUAAAUCACAUCCUGGAAAUAUUAGGCUGCGAGGAACACUUAAUGCUCACAAAAAGCAGGAUUAUCCUGGUUUUGUCACAAAAUUGGAAGUGCGAAGAUGAUAAAAAUCUAAAAGUCAAAUUACUUGUUCUGUGGGCUAAAUGCAAAGAUAAUGAUGAUUGGAAACAUCUAGCAGAAUCGGUAAUUUGUUCGUGUAGCCUGAUGAAUGGUGUUGUCUUAGAUGAAAAUACUUGCAGUAAAGUCCAUUUAACGGACGGUGAAACUGACAAUGAGUGACAAUGAGUUCACUGGACGUCGAUAUUGACUGCACGAAACGUGUUUCGAGGUCGCAUAUGUUUUAAUGGAGUAUGAAUGAAUGAAUGAAUGAAUGAAUGAAUGAAUGAAUGAAUGAAUGAAUGAAUGAAUGAAUGAAUGAAUGAAUGAAU